CACCCUUUCAAAAAUCAUGACUGAGAGACUGUUGGUAACAGCACUGAAGGGUGGUAGCAACACUAAGAUCAUUACUUUGAAUGGGAAGAAGAUGACAAAGAUUCCCUCAGCACUAGAAAAGCUGUCUGGUCUGAAGACUCUAGACCUGCAAAAUAAUCUCAUCUGCAAAGUGUGCCCAGAGCUAAUCACCUUGACCCAGUUGACAAUACUAAAUCUGGGAAACAACCUUUUAGAAGAAGUUCCUGAAGAGUUGAAAUACCUUACCUCCCUGAAGAAGCUUCAUUUGUUUGGAAACAGGAUUUGUAGAAUUGCUGCUGGAGUUUGUGAUGGAUUGCAAGAGUUGAUUCUGCUUAAUCUGAACAACAAUCUACUUAAGAGUCUUCCUCAAGAAGUUGGCAGGCUAAGGAAUCUUACCUGCCUAAGCAUCAAUCAUAACCAGCUUACCAUGAUCCCUAGAGAGCUUUGUUCUCUUGAGAAACUUGAUGAACUGCAUCUUAACUACAAUCAGCUCAUGUGCAUCCCGGAAGAUAUUAAACACUUGAAGAAUCUUCAGCAGCUUUAUCUGGUCAGGAACAACAUUGAAGUUUUGCCAGAGGGACUUUGUCAUCUUAAAAAACUAAGACUCCUGGACAUAGCUGGAAAUGUUAUUCAGAUAUUUCCAGCAGGCUUUCAGGAUCUAAAGCUGAGGGAGUUCUACUGUGAGGGAAACCCACUUUUCCUGAAGGAGCCAAUUACUGCUAAACAACCUAAAGACAUCUGGACUCUACGGGAAAUAGCAGUAAGGUUUGUCCUCCAUCAGUUGGAAGAAAACAAUCAGUUGAUUAUGAAUGCCAUAGAGUAUUACCCAGAGGUCAAAGACAAAAUCUCCAAGGCAAAAAAAUGUGCAUUGUGCAGAAAACCCUUUUUAUCUGAAUGGCUGGAAUGUGUCCGGUUUGUUUCCCCAUCAAAGAACUGGAAGAUAAGCAAAAACUUACAGCUGAUACCUCUCCGAAUAUUACUUUGUUCCUACCGAUGCUUUAAAUGGCGUGGCCCUGAUGUCUUUGGGAUUGCUCAAGAGUAGAGCAGGAAGAAGAACCUUUCCUGUUGGUCCAUUUUUGAAGUGGAAGACAGAAAAUCUUGUGAUGCCCAUAGGUGUUCACUGGACAUUCAGGGAAGCCAUGGCCCACAUGGGUGGUAUAUGAUACUGAACAAUAAACUACCUUUAGUCACCGAAA